AUGAGCCACUCACUGCCCUGGAAGCCGUUGACAAGCAGCGAUAACUCCGACGAAACCCAGCCGACUGAUCAAUGCCAUGUUAGGCCGGACGACGCAGGGGUCUUGAACGUGGUCAAGGCCUGGUACAUGUUUCUUCUCCACGCGAUAUUGGUCGUUGCCAUAACUGUUGGUACUAUCAGUAUCGACGGUCUUGUCUUCAACAUCGGUUCGCCUCCAAAUGCCACAUCCUACCACGGGCGACUCUACUAG